GCCAUGAAGCGAAGCUCGUUGACAUUAUAGUCAAGCGCCUUGUCGAGGAGAUUCAUCGAAUACGGCCUCUCUUCUUUGUGAAAGACGCAAUUGGAGUAGAUCACUUUGCACUCGAAGUGAUUUCCUUGCUAAAUAAGGGCGGCAAAAAGGGCGCGCGCAUAGUACUCAUAUGUGGUCCGGAAGGAAUAGGUAAGACAAUGGUGGCUGGCAUUGCUUUGAGGGAAAUUGGUCGCGACUUCGGGCCCUUUGUCUUUUUCAUUAAAAUCGGGGAAGCGAAUGAGACUGAUCGACUCGACCAGCGGAAGGAUUUCCUCAAAAAACUCGGGGGAGAGGAAUGCUCCAGCUUGAUUGACACCCUCACGAACAAAAUAGAGCAAAGAAUGCGUGAUAAAAAGGUACUUCUUCUUCUCGACGGUGUUACUGACGAAAAACAAGUGGAAGAUUUCGGCGUUGGAAAGACUGCUAACACAAGAGCGACGGGAAUGGGCGACGGGAGUAGAAUUCUGAUCACGACAAGAAAUCGAGAUUUGCUGAAAGAUCUCCGGGUAGAUGACAUGUACAUUGUCAACGGAUUGAGUCAGGUCAAUGCACUUAAACUCUUUCGUCACCACGCUUUCAAGACAGAAGGACGUGAACAAGGUCAAGAGGAGUUAUCUGGUAAUCUAACUCAUUACGCGGGAGGUCAUCCAUUGCUCCUUACAGCGUUAGGUACCCACGUUAGGGGUAAGUCAUUAGAUGACUGGCGUACAACACUGGACGAGUUGGUGAGAAGCGCUAGUUCAAUAUUUCUCCCGUCGCAAUCCGUUGGGCUAUAUGAAGGUCAAGCUGGUGGUGCUGGUGCUCAUGACCAUGCAACAUACGUCAAUGAAUACCGAACUCCUAUUGACUCCAUUGGAGCAGAAUUUGGGCUAAGUUCUCGCGCAUAUCCUUUUGAAGUUGUGGGACCAUUUGGGGUUGUCGACGGUGAAAAUCCAUGGCGGGAUGAGGGAUAUACAGAUGUGAGGGAAAUUGCCGUGUAUGUUGGCUCCGAUCCGAAAGCAAUCGAGUCUAUUUCUAUUAUAUACGACAAAUAUGGACGUCCAUCUGAUCCGGUCUCACAUGGCACAACUGAAGAAAAUGAGCCACAGACAGUAAGCUAUUAG